AUGCAUGUUCUUGGAGAUAGCAUUCCUAUAGGGAGCGAUGAUUAAAAUUUCUAUGUUCAGAUAGAUAAUGGAUAAAUAACCAGAUAAAUGAAUAUAAUUCCAUCUCAAUAAUAUGUUAAGAUACAAGUUUUUCCAAACGAUGAUUAUCUUAUUAUUCAUAAUGAAGCCAGAUCAUUAACUUCAACCUAUCCUGGUGACUAAACCUGGAGUGUGUAGCAUAUUGAAAUUAGCUCAGAUGGAAGUUAAAUAUAUAGACUCUUAAACUUAAUGAACACGCCUAAUGGCAAUAAACUUGGAUUCAUAAUGAGAACUUUGAAAAUGGGAUUUCAUUUAUCACAGUAGAUUGUCAUUCCAGGUUUUGCAAAUUAAACUAAUUUAGCACUUAUGAGAUUUUCAUUCACAGCAGAUGCUUAAAUUCAGUAUCUUAUUCAUCCAAAUUAAACCAAUCAAGAUAAUAACCUUAGAGCAUUUAGUUACAGUAUGCCCUACUAUGCAGUAGUUAUUAGAAUAAAAGAUUAUCUUAAUGUUUUCUUGUUUCAUGAGGAUGAAACCAAACAAAUAAUUCAAAUAAAAAUAGACGUACUUACUUCAUAAAAAUUCUUAAUACCUUAUGCAUUCUCAGCUUAAGCAACAAGGUUGAUAUUCUCUCAGGAUAUUUUAGAUCUAGCUUGUUAUUCAGACUGA